AUGGCAGCUGACGAUAAGGUUGCCAUUUUAACCGAUGAUGAAGAAGAACAGAAGAGAAAGUACGUGCUUGCUGAUCCUUUCAAUGGCAUUUCCAAGGAUCAAGACUUGCCACCCCAGAAUGAAUCCCCUUCAACGGAGACAACCACUGUCCCAGAUGAAGAGCUAGAUUGGCUAGAAAAGCACUGCGUCAAAAUAAACAAUGAUCUUCUGAUCUCAAAGGUCUUCUAUUUUUUCUUCUAUUCGGCAUAUGGCUCUCUCUACCCCUUGCUGCCUGUGUAUUACAAGCAGCUGGGCAUGACACCCAGUCAGAGUGGACUUCUGGUGGGCAUCCGGUACUUCAUUGAGUUUUGCAGUGCUCCUUUCUGGGGAGUGGUGGCAGAUCGCUUCAAGAAAGGGAAGAUCGUCCUCCUCUUUUCGCUUUUGUGCUGGGUUUUAUUUAACCUGGGGAUUGGAUUUGUUAGACCGGCCACCUUAAGAUGUGUACCAAAGGGCCUUCCCCCAGCACAUCCCACCAAUGCGAGCGGCCUUUUAACAACCGUUCCGCAAAAUGCCUCGAUGUCUUCUCCGCUAACCGCAGUGAGUACCGCAUCCCCGAAGGUUCGUGGGAAGAGAGACCUGCUCACUUCCAGUCCGAGCAACGAUGUGGAGUUUGUCUUGGAAAACAGCACCCAUUUUUUGUCGAGAAACACCACCGCUAGCCCGGUCUCGCCAGGGAACGCGACUCUGAGUACCACCCCAGCUGCUGUCACCACAAAGCCGAUGCCUUCUGACCAAGCCGUGCUCGUUUAUGAUCAACAAGAAGUAGAAGCCAUCUUCCUGCUCAUUCUGCUGGUUGUCAUAAUAGGAGAGUUUUUCAGUGCUUCCUCUGUUACUAUUGUGGACACCGUAACCCUGCAGUACCUCGGCAAGCACAGGGACCGGUAUGGAUUGCAGCGGAUGUGGGGGUCUCUGGGCUGGGGGCUGGCCAUGCUCUCCGUGGGAAUUGGCAUAGACUAUACCCAUACAGAAGUUGGCAUUGAAGGUCAGGGAUGUAAAGCUCCCGAGUACAAGAACUACAGGAUAGUUUUCAUAGUUUUUGGUGUUCUGAUGACAAUGGCAUUAAUUGUGGCCACGCAGUUUCGAUUUCAUUAUGCGCACUUCAAGCAGGAUGAAAAUAAGAGAAAAGAGGUAGAAAUCUCACAGGUGGACAGAAAUGCCUCCAACGAAUCCUCUGAUAAUACUCCGACCAGUAUGAGCCAGUCGCAGUCUUUCAGUCUGUGGGACCUAAUAAAACUGCUCUGUAGUAUCCAGUAUGGCUCCGUGCUCUUCGUGGCAUGGUUCAUGGGCUUUGGAUAUGGCUUUGUGUUCACCUUUCUCUACUGGCACUUGGAAGACCUGAAUGGCACCACCACCCUCUUCGGCGUUUGUUCAGUCCUCAGCCACGUGUCUGAGCUGACUGCCUACUUCUUCAGCCACAAACUGAUUGAAUUGGUUGGUCAUAUCAG